AUGGGUGACGAAAAAAAUGAGGAAAAACGAGAGUUCACUCAAGAACACUCAAAAGAUGAUUUCGCGCUUGAUGAUCACUAUAAGCAACAGCUUUAUGAAAAGUUAGGGCAUGCCGAUGUUUUGACAGAAAAUGCAUCAAUUCCUGACGUUGAGUUUCUUUUUGAAAAAACCGACCAAUUGCAAUUAUCAAAAGCGAUUGAAAUCUUGAAGCGAUGCAUCGAGGACCAUAAUGAUGAUCCAAAUUUUCCUUUGGAAGACCUUGAACUUAUUCAAAAAAUCGUUGGUGGCUUCAAUGACGAUUUGGAAAUGAGUUAUAACGAUUGGGUUUUCAAUGUCAAAAUGUAUGCGGCAUUGAACGAGUACCAUUCUCCAUAUCCAGAAGUGCGUGCUAUUUCCUCACCUACUGAUGAUCCCAAUAUUCCUUGUGAAACUAUUCGUGCUUAUAUGUUAGGAAUCUUUUGGUGUAUUGUUGGUACUGGUGUCAAUGAGCUCUUUUCUCGAAGACAGCCUUCUAUCUACAUUUCAGCUUCUGUGUGUCAAAUGUUAAUGUACCCAAGUGGCCUCGCACUCGAGUAUAUUUUGCCCGAUUGGGGCUUCACUGUUUUUGGAACAAGACAUUCAUUGAACCCAGGUCCUUGGAAUUAUAAGGAACAGAUGUUUGCUACAGUUAUGUUUGAUAUUGCAAUUGGCGGUAUGUACGUGGGAUACAAUUUUUAUGUUGAGAAACUCAAGGUGUUUUAUGGCAAUAGUUGGAUAACUGUUGGUUACCAGAUUUUGAUUUCCCUUUCUACCCAAUUAUUUGGUUUUGGAUUUGCAGGUAUACUUCGUAAGAUUGUGGUUUAUCCUAUUCGUGCCGUUUGGCCUACCAUCUUACCUACACUUGCCCUUAAUCGUGCAUUGUUAAAAAGGGACAAGAAAGAGAGUAUUCAUGGUUGGAAGAUAACCAGGUACAACUUUUUCUUUAUUGUAUUUGCUUGUUCAUUCUUAUGGAUGUGGGUACCAGAUUAUCUUUUUCAAGCAUUGUCUUAUUUCAAUUGGAUGACUUGGAUCAAACCAGAUAACUUUAAUUUGGCAGUUGUCACUGGAUCGGUUCUGGGUCUUGGAUUAAAUCCAAUUACUAGUUUUGACUGGAAUAUUGUUGGUUACUGGCUUCCUUUGGCCUUCCCAUUUUACACUUAUAUGAAUAUGAUGAUUGGAAUGUUUAUUGGGUUCUUUGUCAUCAUUGGGCUCUAUUACAGUAAUUACAAGUGGACUGCCUACCUUCCAAUUAAUGAUAACAAUAUUUAUACCAACACUGGUCAGAUAUAUGAGGUUCAAGAAGUCCUUACAAACGGCAAACUCGAUGAGAAAAAGUAUAAGCAGUAUGGACCGCCAUACUUGUCGGCUGCAAAUUUGGUAGUUUAUGGUGCCAAUUCUGCACUUUAUACCUUUAUGAUUCCAUAUGUCUUUUUCACUGAAUGGAAGGGUAUUUGGAAUUCGUUCAAGUCGUUAAAAGAUCUGAUAACUGACUUUAGAUCGUCCAAUUAUACCCGGUUCAAAGACCCUCAUUCAAGAAUGAUGGCUCGCUACAAAGAAGUACCCGAUUGGUGUUUUCUAGUUAUCAUGUUAAUUGCCUUAGUAUUUGCCAUAGUCUGUGUCAAAGUAUACCCAGCAAACACUCCAGUUUGGGGUAUCUUCUUGGUUCUUGCUAUCAAUGCCGUGUUCGUGAUUCCCUUGUGUAUCAUCUAUGCCAUUACAGGCUACUACUUUACACUUGAAGUUUUUGUUGAGUUGAUAAUUGGAUAUGCUGUUCCUGGCAAUGGUGAUGCUUUGAUGUUUUUGAAAGCUUUGGGUUUCAAUAUUACUGGUCAAGCCCUGCAAUAUGUGUACGACUUGAAAAUGGCACACUAUGCAAAAGUCCCUCCAAGAGCGGUUUUCCGUGGUCAAUUCUUCGGCACAAUUUUCCAGAUUAUUGCAUCUUUGCUUGUUAUAAAUUGGGAGAUUUACAACCUCAAAGGGAUUUGUACUGACGAACAGUCGAACAAUUUCUCAUGUCCUUCUGAAGUCUCUUACUAUUCGUCUUCGGUGUUCUGGGGUGUCAUUGGACCCAAGAGAGUUUUCAACAAGUUAUACCCAAUUUUGCCCUAUUGCUUCCUCAUUGGUUUCUUACUUGCUAUUUUGUGCCUUUUGAUAAGGCGUUACUUUUACAAACAGACUCGCUGGUUCCAGCCUGCCGUAGUCAUUGGUGGUCUUUUCAAUUAUGCACCUUAUAACUUGAGUUAUUUCAUUCCUGGCCUUUACGUUUGUUUCGCCUUUAAUCACUAUAUUAAAAGAAGGUAUAGUGCAUGGUGGGAGAAGUAUAAUUAUGUAUUGUCCUCGGCACUUGAUGCUGGUGUGGCUUUUGGGGGUAUAAUCAUUUUCUUUGCAGUACAGUAUCAUGAUAAGAGUAUUACUUGGUGGGGAAAUACUGUUUCGUAUAGUGGAACAGAUGGUGGACUUGGUCAAACUAGUCUAUUAGAUCCGACCAGUGCAAAAGAUGGAUAUUUUGGAAUCAGGUCCAAGGACUUUUAA